CGUUCCCAUCGAUUCGUCUCCCUGGGCGAUUGCUUCUGUCUGUUGUUUAGUUAUGGUGCGGGCCAGGACACGGGAAGGCGGCUGGAGUUUGGCUGGUUGCUGAGCGCUGCCCCAGUCCAGUGCCGAGCGGGCUAUGGGCGAGCCCGACCCUGUGGGCUCGGGGCAGCUCGCGGCCGGCCGGAGCUGGUGCUUGCGGCGACUGGGGAUGGACCGUGAGUGGUUGCUGCUGGAGGCUGCGAGUGAGGUGACGAUAGGACGAGGAUUUGGCGUUACCUACCAGCUGAUAUCCAAGGUCUGCCCCCUGAUGAUCUCUCGGAACCACUGUGUUUUGAAACAGAAUCCCGAGGGACAGUGGACAAUUAUGGACAACGAGAGUCUAAAUGGUGUUUGGCUGAACAGGGAGCGGCUGGUGCCAUUACAGGUUUAUUGCAUCCAAAAGGGAGACCACAUCCAGCUUGGAGUGCCGCUGGACAGUAAGGGGAGCGCAGAGUAUGAAUACGAAGUCAUUGAAGAAGACUGGGGGACGCUGUCUCCCUGCCUCACCCUGAAGAAUGCCCAGACAGGGGGCAAAAAUGAAGACUUGAGAACUAAAAGGAAAUUCAGUUUGGAUGGAUUAGAGAGUCCUGCGGCUGAAGGCCCCUCGGCUCUCAAAUGCGAAGUACCUGCAGUCUCUUGUAAAACUGUUGAGCCAGUGACCGCAGGCGGAAAAGGUGAAGCGGCAAGUCAGCCCUUGGGAUAUUUGUGUCCUAAGUUGCCUUCUCUUGGGGCAAGUGACAAGACCACUGGGACUCACGCAUGCCCUACUCUCUCAAAGGUCAUCGAACUUUAUCCGAAGAAGCAGAAGCCCUCCAGCCCAUCAGCAUCUCAGAGCAGCUUAGAGCUGUUUAAGGUGACCAUGUCCAGGAUUCUGAGGCUGAAAACACAGGUGCACGAGAAACAGAUAGCCGUCCUGAAUGUGAAGAGGCAGACCCGAAAGGGGAGCUCCAAGAAGCUUGUAAUGAUGGAGAAGGAACUGCAAGACUUACAAUCUCAGCUGUAUGCAGAGCAGGCUCAGCAGCAAGCAAGAGUGGAGCAGCUGGAGAAGACUUUCCAGAAAGAGGAGCAUCACCUCCAGGGUUUGGAGAAGGAGCCAGGAGAAGAGCACCUGAAGCAGCAGCUGGUCCAGGCUCUGCAGGAGCAUCGGGCUCUAAUGGAAGAGCUGAACCGCAGCAAGAAGGCCUUUGAGAAGAUCAUUCAAGCCAAGAACAAAGAAUUGGAGCAGACCAAGGAAGAAAAGGAGAAGGUGCAAGCCCAGAAGGAGAAGGUUUUGAGCCACGUGAAUGACGUGCUGGAGAACGAGCUUCAGUGCAUCAUCUGCUCUGAGUACUUCAUUGAGGCUGUCACCCUGAACUGCGCCCACAGUUUCUGCUCCUUCUGUAUCAGUGAAUGGAUGAAGCGGAAAGCAGAGUGUCCCAUUUGUCGAAAAGACAUUGAGUCCCAAACCCACUCCCUGGUUCUGGACAAUUGCAUUAAUAAGAUGGUGGAUAAUCUGGGCUCAGAAGUGAAAGAGCGGCGAAGUCUCCUCCUCAGGGAACGGAAAGCAUCUACCACAAGCUUUAGUGGAUCUGACAGUGAGACUGAGGGGAAACAACCCUGCGCGGAGAGUUUUAAGGAUGACUUCAAAGCAGAUUCCCUUGUGGAGGGAACAUCUUCUCGCUAUUCCAUGUAUAAUAGUGUUUCCCAGAAGCUUAUGGCCAAGAUGGGCUUCAGGGAAGGGGAAGGAUUAGGUAAAUACAGCCAGGGUCGGAAGGACAUUGUGGAGACCUCCAAUCAGAAAGGCCGUCGUGGUUUGGGCCUGACACUGCAGGGUUUUGAUCAGGAGCUGAAUGUGGAUUGGCGGGAUGAGCCAGAGCCCAGUGCCUGUGAGCAGGUGUCGUGGUUUCCAGAAUGUACCACCGAAAUUCCUGACUCUCGGGAAAUGAGUGACUGGAUGGUUGUGGGAAAGAGAAAGAUGGUUAUUGAAGACGAAACAGAGUUCUGUGGGGAAGAGCUGCUUCACAGUGUGCUGAAAUGUAAGAGUGUGUUUGACAUCCUGGAUGGGGAGGAAAUGAGGCGAGCUCGUACCAGAGCCAAUCCCUAUGAGAUGAUCCGCGGAGUCUUCUUCCUUAACAGGGCAGCGAUGAAGAUGGCUAACAUGGAUUUUGUGUUUGAUCGUAUGUUCACAAAUCCCCUGGACUCUCAAGGGAAGCCACUGGUGAAGGACCGGGACAUUGACCUUCUGUACUUUGCGGAUGUCUGCGCAGGCCCAGGUGGCUUCUCAGAGUACGUGCUGUGGAGGAAGAAGUGGCAUGCAAAAGGCUUUGGGAUGACUCUGAAGGGCCCUAAUGACUUCAAACUAGAGGACUUCUACUCAGCCUCCAGUGAGCUCUUCGAGCCGUACUAUGGUGAGGGCGGGGUCGAUGGGGAUGGAGAUAUUACCCGUCCGGAAAACAUCAAUGCAUUUCGGAAUUUUGUCCUGGACAACACAGAUCGCAAGGGUGUCCACUUUCUCAUGGCAGAUGGGGGUUUCUCUGUGGAGGGGCAGGAGAACCUGCAGGAGAUCCUCAGCAAGCAGCUGCUGCUGUGUCAGUUCCUCAUGGCGCUGUCUGUUGUCCGGACAGGGGGGCACUUCAUCUGCAAAACCUUUGACCUCUUCACACCCUUCAGUGUGGGGCUCAUCUACCUGCUAUACUGCUGCUUUGAACGUGUGUGUCUCUUCAAGCCCAUCACCAGCCGGCCUGCCAACUCAGAGCGGUAUGUGGUGUGCAAAGGUCUGAAGGUGGGCAUAGACGAUGUGCGGGAGUACCUCUUCUCUGUGAAUAUUAAACUCAACCAGCUGCGAAACACUGAGUCUGAUGUCAACCUGGUAGUUCCCUUGAUGGUGAUCAAAGGAGACCAUGAAUUCAAUGACUACAUGAUACGGUCUAAUGAGAGCCACUGCAGCCUGCAGAUCAAAGCUCUGGCCAAAAUCCAUGCCUUUGUACAAGACACCACGCUGAGUGAGCCUAGGCAGGCAGAGAUCCGGAAAGAAUGCCUCCGACUGUGGGAGAUCCCAGACCGGGCUCGAGUUGCUCCUUCUUCUUCAGACCCAAAAUUCAAGUUUUUUGAGCUAAUCAAGGACACUGACAUCAACAUCUUCAGCUACAAGCCCACACUGCUCACUGCCAAAACCCUAGAGAAGAUCCGUCCUGUGCUGGACUUUCGUUGUAUGGUGUCUGGCAGCGAGCAGAAAUUCCUCCUGGGCCUGGGGAAGUCCCAGAUCUACACGUGGGAUGGACGCCAGUCAGACCGAUGGGUGAAGCUGGACCUGAAGACAGAGCUGCCCCGGGAUACACUGCUCUGUGUGGAAAUUGUGCAUGAGCUGAAAGGGGAGGGGAAGGCCCAACGGAAGAUCAGUGCAAUCCACAUCCUCGAUGUCCUCGUGCUGAAUGGCAGCGACGUCAGAGAGCAGCACUUCAACCAGCGAAUUCAGCUUGCUGAGAAAUUUGUGAAAGCGGUCUCCAAGCCCAGUCGGCCUGACAUGAAUCCUAUCAGGGUGAAGGAGGUAUACAGGCUGGAAGAGAUGGAGAAGAUUUUUGUCAGGUUAGAAAUGAAGCUCAUCAAGGGCUCCGGUGGCACGCCAAAGCUCAGCUACACGGGACGGGACGACCGGCACUUUGUACCCACAGGCCUCUACAUUGUCAGGACCAUGAAUGAGCCAUGGACCAUGGCAUUCAGUAAGAGCUUCAAGAGGAAGUUCUUCUACAACAAGAAAACCCAGAGGUCUACCUUUCACCUCCCUGCAGAUUCCAUUGCUCCAUUUCAUACCUGCUACUACAGCCGGCUCUUCUGGGAGUGGGGAGAUGGCUUCCAUAUGCGUGACUCCCAGAAGCCCCAGGAUCCAGACAAGCUGUCCAAGGAGGACGUCCUUUCUUUUAUCCAGAGUCACAAUCCUGGAGGAUCUUAGGAUUGCUACCUGAUGAAUGUGCUGUCAUUCCCAAGGCAAUGCCCUGUGUCUGGCUCCUGCCUUGUGGAAAGGAACUGGGAAUGUUCUCCCUGGUCAUGAGGGAGAUGGGCUCAUCUCCAUUCCCAUAGCUCAGUCAGGGUCUUUAGAGGACACAUGCUUGUGGAACUCUGCUGCCUGAGAACUGACACCACUAGGAGUCAGCCUGAGAACAGCUGCUUGGGGCAGGUUGUGCUUAGGACUUACCAGAGCGGCAGGCCAUUCCCUCUGGAAUUUGUAGACUCUGUUUUCUGAGUUCCAUUUACACCCCCACCCCUAAGGCAGUCAGGCCCUGUUUUUCCCAACUUUUUACCAGGCCAGCCAAGCAAGGAGGCCCACCAGUGUGUGCUGGCCAGGAACAGCUGUUGUAUAAAUCAGAGUUUUAUUUCUUGUGGUCUUUUUUCCCCACUCCCAUCCUGGAGUUCAUCCUGGCAGGCCGGGAAGGUAUGAGGGCCCAGCAUUCCUGACACACCAGAGCCUUGGGUGUGACUGUGACUGCUGUAGGUGUUUUAAACACUGGGCUGCUUCGAAGACUUGCCCUUGUUGCUCCCCUCCAGGGUAGGCGUAGCACUAGCCCUCAGGCAGUUCAGGCCACCUGAAGCUCUUAAUAGAGCUUUGAGCUGGUGGCAGCUCUGGUGCCCCCUCCUCUCUGCUAGGAAGCACACACAAUGUGGUCACUCCAUUUCUUCUGUCUCUUUAAGGAUGAAGAGCUGCAGGGUUGGGUUGGGGAGGGCACCUGUGGUUGUUUUUAAUAGGAAGUACCUCUCGAGAUGUUCAUUCAGGUCCCUAGGGCCCCAUGCUAGCACAAGGCUGGUUUCCAUGGAGAUAGGGCACCGAGGCACCUGUGAGGUUGGAAUCGACUCCACUGUGGAGUCACUUCCCUUCCACCAGCCCCUACCCCUAAGCCAGCAGCAACAGUGCUAGGAUGCCAUACUUCCACCCAGUUCUGGGCCUAUCAGUGUCUGGCAGAAUCUUGGAUCAUUAAACUUAUUUUUACUGCU